AUGAGAAAUAUUUUUUUAAAAGGAUCUACAACAUCGCAACAAACCAAAAAAAAAGAUAGAAAAAGAGGUGGAUCUGUAAUGUCAGUUAGAGAAGCAGAUGAAAUACUUAAACUUGAGGAUAGUCUGAAGAAGAAGUUAAAAAAUGCAAAUUUAAGAAACAUAUAUAUUGAAGAGGAAAAAGAGAAAUCAUUUGGCCCUGUAACGAAUGAGUUAAAGAAUAUUGUAAAUGCUGUUAAUGAAGUUAAAGAAAUAAAUAUUAAAACUGAUGAAGAUAUUCACAAAAUGCUAGUACCCUUAAGGCGCCCUGAAAUGUUAAGGUUGCCAGAUCCAAUUAAACCAACUUUAGGUCCGCAGUUAACGGACACACCUAAACGACCUCCAAUGAGUGAAACACCAAAAUCUCCUAUGCCUAGGGAUGCAAUAAUACUGGGUUAA